AAUGGCGAGCUCAUCAGGAUGGUAAAGAAAGAAUAAGAGGAUUCUUCUAAAUUUAGAAAAAGUUAUGCUGGUUAGAAUAAAAAAUCAAUUAUUAGAAAUGUUGUACUCAACUCCAGGCGACCCAGGAGACCGGAACCUACUGCUGGUUAUCAUAAUUAUCGCUGCCUGGGAGGCGGGCAGCGGUCAGAUCCACUACUCGGUCCCGGAGGAAGCCAAACACGGCACCUUUGUGGGCCGCAUCGCCCAGGACCUGGGGCUGGAGCUGGCCGACCUGGUGCCCCGCCUGUUCCGGGUGGCGUCCAAAGGCCGCGGCGACCUUCUGGAGGUAAAUCUGCAGAAUGGCAUUUUGUUUGUGAAUUCUCGGAUCGACCGGGAGGAGCUGUGCGGGCGGAGCGCGGAGUGUAGCCUCCACCUGGAGGUGAUCGUGGACAGGCCGCUGCAGGUUUUCCACGUGGAGGUGGAGGUGAAGGACAUCAAUGACAAUUCUCCUGUGUUCCCUGCGACACAAAAGAAUCUGUUUAUGGCCGAAUCCAGGCCGCUUGACUCUCGGUUUCCACUAGAGGGCGCGUCGGAUGCAGAUAUCGGGGAGAAUGCUCAGCUCACUUACAGGCUGAGUCCCAAUGAAUAUUUCUCUCUGGACGUACCAACCAACCACGAACAGGUAAAACCUCUCGGACUUUUAUUAAGGAAACCUUUAGACAGGGAAGAGUCUCCGGAACUUCAUUUAACUCUCACGGCCACUGAUGGAGGCAAACCCGAACUGACUGGCACUGUUCAGGUACUAGUGAAAGUGCUGGACGCCAAUGACAAUGCUCCGGUUUUUGACAAAGCACUCUACGCAGUGAAACUACCAGAAAAUGCACCUAACGGAACGUUGGUCAUUAAACUAAACGCCUCAGAUUUAGACGAAGGCUUGAAUGGGGAUAUCAUUUACUCAUUCUCUAGUGACGUUUCUCCAGAUGUAAAAUCUAGGUUCUACAUAGACCCCAUAAGUGGAAGAAUUACAGUAAUAGGACUAAUCGAUUUUGAAGAAAGUAAAGCAUACAAAAUACGAGUGGAGGCAAUUGAUAAAGGCGCCCUACCACUAGCUGGUCAUUGCACAGUUCUUGUGGAAGUUCUGGAUGCUAAUGACAAUGCUCCAGAGUUGACUGUUACUUCCCUGUCUCUCCCUAUUUCAGAGGAUGCUCAACCUGGCACAGUCAUCACUUUGAUUAAUGUGUUUGACCGAGAUUCUGGAGCUGAUGGCCAGGUGACAUGCUCUUUAACACCCCAAGUACCUUUCAAGCUGGUGUCCACCUUCAAGAACUAUUACUCCCUGGUGCUGGACAAAGCCCUGGACCGCGAGAACAUAUCGAACUAUAAACUGGUGAGGCGGCCGCGGGUGUGCUCGGGAGAAGGGCCGCCCAAGGCUGACCUCAUGGCCUUCAGCCCUUGUCAACCUCCAGGACCCGUAUCAGCAGACAAUGUAUCAUCAAAACGAGGACUUGAAAUGACGUUUUCUUGGCGAGGAGACCCGAGAUGCCAGUGUCUGCUCCUCUCCCUUCUGCUCCUCCCAGCCUGGGAGGCGGGGAGCGGCCAGGUCCGCUACUCGGUCCCCGAGGAGGCCAAACACGGCACCUUCGUGGGCCGCAUCGCCCAGGACCUGGGGCUGGAGCUGGCCGACCUGGUGCCCCGCCUGUUCCGGCAGAGGCGGCCGCGGGUGUGCUCGGGAGAAGGGCCGCCCAAGGCUGACCUCAUGGCCUUCAGCCCCAGCCUGCCUCCGGGUCCCAGUUCUGCAGAAAGCCCGGAAUACCGAGUGGGAUCCCGCUUUCUGCUACUCUCCUUUCUGCUGCUGUCAGUCUGGGAGGUGGAGAGCGGCCAGGUCCGCUACUCGGUCCCCGAGGAGGCCAAACACGGCACCUUCGUGGGCCGCAUCGCCCAGGACCUGGGGCUGGAGCUGCAGAGGCGGCCGCGGGUGUGCUCGGGAGAAGGGCCGCCCAAGGCUGACCUCAUGGCCUUCAGCCCCAGCCUGCCUCCGGGUCCCAGCUCUGCAGAUGCAAUGGAAGUUCCUCAAGCUCCUUUGGACUCUUCUGGGAAGGUUGAUCUCAACUAUUCCGAUAAAAUUGGAUGCAAGAAAUGGAAUAGAAAAAUCUGCCUCUUUCAUAUCGCUGUUUAUCAAUUUGUAAAGCAAGAAAAAGGAAUGAUGUUAAUCUACAGACUGAGCGUCCACAGAGCCUGGUGCCUGCUGCUCUCCCUUCUGCUCCUCUCAGCCUGGGAGGCGGGGAGCGGCCAGGUCCGCUACUCGGUCCCCGAGGAGGCCAAACACGGCACCUUCGUGGGCCGCAUCGCCCAGGACCUGGGGCUGGAGCUGGCCGACCUGGUGCCCCGCCUGUUCCGGGUGGCGUCCAAAGGCCGCGGCGACCUUCUGGAGGUAAAUCUGCAGAAUGGCAUUUUGUUUGUGAAUUCUCGGAUCGACCGGGAGGAGCUGUGCGGGCGGAGCGCGGAGUGUAGCCUCCACCUGGAGGUGAUCGUGGACAGGCCGCUGCAGGUUUUCCACGUGGAGGUGGAGGUGAAGGACAUUAAUGACAAUCCGCCGGUCUUCUCAGUCUCAGAACAAAAGCUCUCCAUACCAGAAUCUCGGCUGCUUGACUCUAGAUUUCCACUAGAGGGCGCUGCUGACGCGGAUGUUGGCGAGAACGCAAUGCUUACUUACAGACUUAGUCCAAAUGAGUUUUUCAUUCUUGAUACCGUAAACAAAAAAGACAAAGGCAAAUUCCCAGUGCUUGUUCUACGAAAAUUACUGGAUCGUGAAGAAAAUCCUCAAUUUCAGUUGUUAUUAACGGCAACUGAUGGAGGCAAACCCGAACUUACCGGAUCCGUUACUCUGCUGAUUUUGGUGUUGGAUGCCAACGAUAAUGCACCCAUAUUUGACCGAUCCGUUUAUGAAGUUAAGCUGUAUGAAAACUCAGCGAACCAAACUGUAGUAAUAUGCCUAAACGCUUCUGAUGCUGAUGAAGGCACAAACAAGGAAAUGAUAUAUUCAUUUAGUUCUUUGGUUCCACCCAGCGUAAGGAGGAAAUUCCUGAUGAAUGACAUGACAGGAGAAAUAAAAGUAAACGAUGUUAUUGACUUUGAGGACAGUAACAGCUAUGAAAUUCAUGUAGAUGUUGCAGAUAAAGGAAAUCCACCUAUGGUUGGUCACUGCACCGUCUUAGUGGAAAUCCUUGAUGAAAAUGACAAUUCACCGCAGGUGUUUGUCACUACUUUGGCUCUCCCAGUGCCAGAGGAUGCUCAGGUGGGCACUGUCAUCGCCUUGAUCAGAGUGUCCGAUCGCGACUCUGGCACCAACGGGAAGGUGACCUGCUCCCUAACACCCAACGUCCCCUUCAAGCUGGUGUCCACCUUCAAGAAUCACUAUUCAUUGUUGUUGGCCAGCGCCUUGGACCGCGAGAGUGUGUCGAACUAUGCUCUGGUGGUGACCGCGCGCGACGGGGGCUCGCCCCCGCUGUCGGCCACGGCCAGCGUGUCGGUGGAGGUGGCCGACGUGAACGACAACGCGCCCGCGUUCGCGCAGCCCGAGUACACGGUGUUCACAACACUGAUGAACUUUAUUGCAAUUGAUAACAGUUAG